AUGAAUACAUGUUCCUUGCUGAUCCUCUUUUACUUCUCCCUUUGUUUCAUUAUUUCUCUUUCUCAUGCUCUAAACAAUGGUUUUAGUGUUGAACUCAUCCACCGCGACUCCUCAAAAUCACCACUAUACCAACCUACACAAAACAAAUACCAACAUAUUGUCAAUGCCGCACGCCGUUCUAUCAAUCGUGCCAAUCAUUUCUACAAAACUGCCCUCACAAACACACCUCAAUCAACUGUAAUCCCCGAUCAUGGCGAGUAUCUCAUGACCUAUUCAGUUGGUACCCCACCAUUUAAGUUAUAUGGCAUUGCUGAUACAGGUAGUGACAUUGUUUGGCUUCAAUGCGAGCCUUGCAAAGAAUGUUACAAUCAAACAACUCCUAAGUUUAAACCAUCAAAAUCGUCAACUUACAAAAACAUUCCAUGUUCGUCUGACCUAUGUAAAUCUGGGCAACAAGGUGCCGUUUGUACCGAUCAAAAUUUUUGUGAAUAUAGUAUUUCUUAUGGUGAUAAUUCACAAUCGAAAGGAAAUCUUAGUGUUGAUACUCUUACAUUAGAGUCCUCCACUGGACAUCCUAUUUCAUUUCCUAAAACUGUGAUAGGAUGUGGAACUGACAAUACAGUGUCAUUUGAAGGUGCAAGUUCUGGUAUAGUUGGCCUUGGAGGUGGACCAGCAUCUCUUAUUACACAAUUGGGAUCAUCAAUUGAUGCAAAAUUCUCUUAUUGUUUGUUGCCAAACCCGGUUGAGUCAAACACGACAAGCAAACUCAAUUUUGGAGACACGGCUGUGGUUUCCGGGGAUGGUGUUGUGUCAACCCCUAUAGUGAAAAAGGAUCCUAUAGUUUUCUACUAUUUGACAUUGGAAGCAUUUAGUGUUGGUAACAAAAGAAUAGAAUUUGAAGGGUCUUCAAAUGGUGGUCAUGAAGGUAACAUCAUAAUUGAUUCAGGUACAACGUUGACGGUUAUUCCAACUGAUGUUUAUAAUAAUUUGGAAUCAGCGGUGUUGGAAUUGGUGAAACUGAAGCGUGUUAAUGAUCCAACCCGAUUAUUUAACCUUUGCUAUAGCGUCACAUCAGAUGGAUAUGAUUUUCCUAUAAUAACGACACAUUUUAAAGGUGCGGAUGUUAAGUUGCAUCCUAUUAGUACAUUUGUUGAUGUUGCAGAUGGCAUUGUUUGUCUUGCUUUUGCAACUACUUCUGCAUUCAUUCCUUCUGACGUCGUUUCCAUCUUCGGAAACUUAGCUCAGCAGAAUUUGUUGGUUGGUUAUGAUCUUCAACAAAAAAUUGUGUCGUUUAAGCCUACUGAUUGUAGCAAAGUGUAA